GUUUGCUUCCAUGAGAUUACUAUUUGACUUCAAAAGGAGGAAAGACCAUGAAUCUGGAUUCUAAGCAGUGGAAAGAAUCAUUGUGAAUAUACUAUGUUCCGAGUUGAUAAGGGUUGAAGAACUGGACAUCUUCACCAACCAUGAAGCAGAACCAAUCAUCUUCCCUUUCUAUACAUUGAACUUCUUUAAUCCUAUUCAAAAUGGACUUAAUACGGGCAAAGUUUUUAGAGCUAACUCAGAGACUAGGAAGGUGUGUCGCUACCCAGAUUGUUGGUAAAUUUUUUGCAAUGAGUAUCCUUUCUAUGGAAGAAAUGGAUUUUAUACUAACUGCAAAGACAGAUUCGGAUGUUGCAAGAGAAUUGGUUACAAUGAUUUUUAAAAAAGGAGAAGAAUCCUGCAGAUAUUUUCUAAAAUUGCUUGAAAAUCUAGAUGGAUAUUUGUUUAGAGAUAUCAUGGGACAAAAUGCACUCGAUGGUACACACAGAGUUACUAAAGAGGAUUUGGAUCAAUUGGCUCAGUACCUAAAGGAUCUGUAUUUGUCCCCAUUGUUUCUAAACUUCCAUCCACUUGGCGAAGAGACGGACAUUGAUAUUCUAUUUGAUUUGAGGACAACAUUUACAGAUCCUUUACUAUGGGAGAAAAAUACUCUGAAUCGCAGGAAGGGGCAUCUAACUCUAACUGAAGCUUUAAACAAGUUAAGAAGUCCAUGCAUUGUUGAGGGGGAAGCAGGGAAGGGAAAAACCACUAUCCUAAAGAGGAUUGCUGUUUUGUGGGCUCAAGAAUGUGAAGCUUUAGAAAAUUACAAACUUGUCUUCUUUGUCACUCUACGUGGUACAAAAGAAGGGCUUUAUGAAACCCUACAAGAUCAACUUUUUUCUGUUACUUCCAAAUGGAAUAAAAAAGAGUUCAUGGAGGAAAUAUGGAAAUUGGGGAAGAAGGUUUUGUUUUUAUUGGAUGGCUAUGAUGAAUUUCAGUCUGAUAGCUGUGAAGAAAUUGAAGAACUUAUUAAACAAAAUCCCAAAUUUAAUAGUACAAUUAUUGUCAGUACAAGAACUGAAACAAUUGGAAAAGUGAGGAAGUAUGGCUCCCUGAUUGUCGAAACGAGUGAUUUUACCGAAGAAAGUGCUAAACAGCUGAUUGAAAGUGUUCUGGAGAGUGAUGAAGCUGCUGGGUUAUUACUUCAAUUAAAGGAAUCCAUUUUUAUUAAAAACCUCAUGAAGACCCCACUCUUUGUGGUAAUUGCCUGUGCCCUUCGGAUGGGGGAAAGGGAUUUCCAGAUGAACACUCAGACCGCUCUGUUCUGUGCUUUAUAUGAACUUAUGGUGGAAAGAGGCAACUACAAAACUAGAAAAAUCAAGAAAAAUAUUGUAGAAGAGAACAUCAAGCGCUGCGGAGAUCUAGCUCUACAGGGGCUUUUCGAUCAUAGGUUUGAUUUCCUUGAGGAGCACUUGUCUGGGAUCAAAGAAAAAGUCCUGUUAGAUAUAGGCCUCUUGAAUAAAUAUACAGCUCAGAGACAUAAACCUACUUACAGAUUUUUCCACAAAUCCUUCCAAGAGUACAUAGCAGGAAGAAGACUCUCUCAACUAUUGAGUUCACCAGAAUCAUCAGAUGUUAUCAGAGGGCGACACUAUUUGAACAAAAUGGACUCUGUUUGGGAUAUCAGCAAUACAUAUAGUAAUCUGCUUUUAUACACCUGCGGAUCAUCCAAGUCUGCCACCCAAACGGUACUAAAUCACAUCGUUGCAGUGUGCAACAAUAAUGUCAAAGACUGUGGUACAGAGUUAGUGGAGUUUGGAGUUAAUCUUUUUUUUGAAAGUUCAACGAAAACAGAGCUAAGUCCAGAAUUUGAAUCAUUCUUUUCUUCUAAGCAUUUCUACAUUCACACCAAUAACAUAUCUUCCCACCAUUUUGAAUUUUUUAAGCAUUUGCCAAAUUGCUUGAGUGUGCUGGAUCUGAUUAAGUUAGAACUCUUUGGUUUUCCCAGUAAUGACCGCUCAAGUGAAAAUAAAGGCAACACACUUUCAAAUGUAGGUAGCACCUAUAUUCCAGAUAAAGCAGUAAGGCUAUUUUUUGACUGGAAUCAAACCCUUCAAACACUCGAAGUCACGCUCAAGGGCUUUGACAAGUUAAAUAAACAAGACAUAAAAUACUUAAGUAAAAUUUGCUGCUCAGCCAAGCUCCUUAGGCUCAACAUUAAAAGAAGUCCAGGGAUCACUGGGGCUCUAACAAGUGUUCUGGAGUCCUGCAAAAACAUGCAAGAGCUAAUUGUUGACCACACUCCUCUUUGCAGUGAAGAUGAGAAACAAAUUACAGGCAUGACAGCGAUGAAAGCAUUAAGUAUUUCCAAUGUGCAGCUUCAACAACAACCAGAUGGCUUACUGUGUGGAUUAUGUAAGUUAGUAAACAUAGAAAAAAUAUGUAUUCAAAAUACAAAAAUGAGUGCAACGGAUACAAAAAUACUGGCCAAAGGAUUGGAAAAAUUAACCAAAUUAAAAAUACUGAAUUUAUCACAUCUUUUUAACAUUGAGAAUGGCAUGGAAGACAUUGUCCAAUCAAUUUCAUUCAACUGUCCUCAACUUGAAGAACUUAAGUUAUGUGGCUGUUGUUUGACUGGGAAAGCUCUGCUGGUUCUUUCUAGAAAUCUCAGAAUACUUCCUAAAAUUGAAAUACUUGAUUUAUCGGAAAAUUAUCUAUUAGAAGAUGGAAGUGAAUCAGUGGCAGACCUAGUGAAUGCAUUGAACAAUCUGCCUUUACUAAGAGAGAUUUUGCUGCCUGGUGGAAUUGAUCUUAAACUUUGCCUAGAUGCAUUGCUGCAUCAACUUAAAAGGAUGCCGAGAUUGUCAAAACUUGCUAUUACAAGUUGGAAUCUGGCAGAUGAGGACAUGGUGAAAUUAGCUUCGCAUUUUUCGUGUGGAUUUGAAAACCUUUCAUACUUGGAUCUGUCAAACAAUUGUGCUUCAAGUGAAGGCUGGAUUGUCUUGCUUGAUGUGUUUCCAAAUCUAAAGACUCUGAGUCAAAUCAACUUCAGCACAGAGAAACUUUUUACGCCAGACUCAGUCUUAGUGUCCAAACUGAGUUGCACAAUAUCUGAUCUAAAGCCUUUGUGCACAGUGCAUCUGGACAACUGGGAACUGGAUCAUUUUGAUGUGGAUAGAAUAAAAAGAGCUAAAAACAUGGUCUACAGUCAGGUGAAGGAAGGCGGUCACUCUUUUCAAGCUGGAAAUAUAGAAGAUGAAACCAGAUAGUUCAGUUACAUGUCUUUGUUCAUCUAAAAUAUCUAUCUGGGGUCCUGAAGCUUAAGUGACUAAACAUCUUUGUUUGACCAAACACUGCCUCUUCUCUUGAAUGUGUAUAUCACUUAAAAUGGCAUUUAAAUUAUUGUGCCACUUUUAGUCUCAUCUGCUGAAGUGGUACCCUAGCUUCAUAAACAAUAGGAUGCAUUGACUAAUGAUGAUAUGUGGGGAGACAUUACACCUGUGUACAAUGGGGACCUCCAGUUCUGCAUCUUGGAUCAAAAAUAAAUAAAAUCAACUUUUCUCAGAAAAUAAGUGCAAUUAAAGCAGCAUUUGGGAACUAAAGUGAUUUGUGGUGGAGAAGACCAUACUGGAUGUGACAAAAGAAAAGAAUGUUUAUAAGUGUACAUCUAUUAGCUACAUCUCUCAGCUUUGUGGAAUAUGUUGGAUGCUCUAGAAUAUGUAAGAUAUAAUCACCAAAAGAAGAAUGGUCUAUGAAAGAAAAGUGAUUUUAUGCAGAAAGAGUGAAACAAUAGGGCACAAAAACCUAUGAAUAAAUGGUACAAAAAAGAAAAAUCGCGACUCGCAAGGAAACAACGAACUCAUGAAAACACCCUGCGUGUUAAUAAAUAAAUAACACUUACUCUGUA